GUUCUGUAAGUUUGGAAUUUCUACCGAUGAUCGACAAAUUGCGUAUACGUAUUUCUGUGGGUGCCGUGAGGCGGCGAGAAAGGCCACCUCUUUAAAUUAAAAGAAGGAAUGACGCUAGAGAAUCCGUUCUUUGUCGUCAAGGACGAAGUUUGUAAAGCUUUAAAUAAAAAUCGCGGUUUAUACGGGCGCUGGACGGAAUUGCAGGAUGUUGUCACGAGUCCUACUGUAAGUGGGGGAAUCCCAAUCUCACGCGACGAAUUAGAGUGGACUACUACUGAAUUACGGAAAGCUUUACGUUCAAUCGAAUGGGAUCUUGAUGAUUUAGAAGACACGAUUUAUAUGUAUGUAUGUGUAUAUAUACGUAUUGUAGAAAAAAAUCCAACAAAAUUUAAAAUAGAUAACAAAGAAUUAACGGUUCAACGAAGUUUUAUUGAACAAACUCGAGAAGAAGUUAAGACUAUGAAGGAUAAAAUGAAUUUAAGUAGAGGUCGGGAUCGUGAUAACACAGCAAGACAGCCACUUUUAGAUAAUAGUCCUGCUCGAGUUCCUGUCAAUCAUGGCACAACAAAAUAUAGCAAAUUGGAAAAUGAAAUUGAUAGUCCAAAUAGACAAUUUUUAGGAGAUACCUUACAACAACAAAAUGAUAUGAUAAGACAACAAGAUGAGCAACUAGAUAUGAUAGGUGAAAGCAUUGGAACAUUGAAAACAGUAUCUAGACAAAUCAAUACUGAAUUAGAUGAGCAAGCAGUUAUGUUAGAUGAAUUUGGUAAUGAAUUAGAAGUAACGGAUUCUAAAUUAGAUGCAACAAUGAAAAAAAUGGCCAAAGUUCUUCAUAUGAGUAAUGGUAACUAUAAUAAUUACAUUCCUGCUCCUACUACUGCAACAUCUAGUGUUUCUGAUCUUGCCUCUAAACCUUCUUCUCUAUCAUCUUUAUCAAAUACAAUAACUAACUGUUUCUUAUGUUCUGGAGAUUAAAUUUAAUAUUUUUAUUAUAAUUUUUUAUCAUAAUUAUUCAGUAAUAUUUAUAAAUUAUAUUUUUUCAUUUAAUAAUUUCAAUUUCAUUUUGUUCAAAUCAAUUUAUUUAAAAUAUUAAACAAAUAUUAAUAUUUAUGUUUAAAAUAUUAAAUAUAAAUAUUAAUAUUUAUUUAAAAUGUUAAGUUAGCUUUAUUAUUAUUAUCUAAUUAUUGAAUUAUCAAAAAUUAAUAAUUUCUAAUAUUUACUGAAAAAUUAUGGAAUUGUGUUAUGAAUUUAAUAAUUCAUUUUGCCUUUACGAUAACAUUGCAUAUUGUAAUCACUUAUGAAAAUAAGUCAUUUCCUACAUUCUCUUAAUUAAUUUAAAUUGAUUCUUAGCACUAUUGCACUUAUUUCUAAAUUUUUGAUUUUUUUUAUUAAAUAUAUGUAGGAUUAUAUUGAUAUGUAAUUAUUUAGAAAGAAUAAUUUAUUGGAGAGUAGAAGUCUCAUUAAAUUGACAUAAUCUUUAAAAGAAAAAAUUAGUCAAAUAAAUUCUAAAUUUAUUUUUUUUUUAACUUUUAAAUUAUAUUUAAUGCAUUUAAAUUAUAAUUAAUACAUAUUUUAAUACAUAUAAUUAAUACAAUAAAAUAUUGAUAUUGAUUUCAUUAUAUGAAAUAAUUUUUUAGUUUUUUAUUUAUAAGCAAAAAGUUAUAUAAAUAAAAUAUAUUAAAUAUUAAUUAUUAAAAUAUAUUAAAAAUAUAUUAAAUAUUAAUUAAAUAAAAAUUAUUUAUUAUUUUUAUUUCAAUUGAGAAGAAUUAAUUAAAUAUUUCAUAUUUUAAUAAAAUAUUAACAAAUUAAAAUAUGUUAUAAAUAUCAGAUAAAAAUAAAAAUUAAUACAUAUAAUAAUAAUAAUAAUAAUUACUAAUUUAAGUUAAAAAUUUUUGCCAUUCUUUUUUAUUUACUUUACUAUUCAAAAAUUAAGAAUUAAAUUUAUAUUAUUAAAUUAAGAAUUAAAUUUUAUAUUUUGACUCGUUGUUUUUAUAUGUUUUUGUGUGUUUUUAUAUGUUUUUUAUUCAAUAUGUUUUAAUACAUUUUAUGAAUCUGUUUCUUACUUAAUAAAAAUAAACAAGAAUAAAGAAAAAAGUUUUUUAAUAUAAAAAAUUGUUAAAAAUCUAUAUAAAAUAAUUAGAAAAUCUAUAAAUUUUGAAAAAGUUAUGUAUAUUCAGAUUUAAAUAAAUGCUAAAAAUGUAGUAUUAAAAUGGACCAGUUGCAGUUUCCAUAAAAUAAUUAUCUUUAAAAUUUCUGUAAUUUAAUACAAUUCAAGUAAUUAUUAUUUAUAUAGUAUUAUAAUAGCUAAAAUAGUUUGAAAUUCAAUCAGCAAAAUCAGAAAAUUAAAAAAAUUAUUGUAUAUUAAAAAAUUAUAGAUAAAUUGUAUAAAAAUACCUCAAUAAUAUUCAAUUAAUUUUAGAUUAUUAGAAGAAAUUUAAGAUUUUGUCAAAUAUUUCAAGGCAAAUAUAAAGAUAAAAAAAAAGCACAAAUAAUUUGUGCCUGGAAAAAUUUUAAUGUCUCAUUUAUAGAUAGAUAUAUACUACAGAUACAUACUAUUUCUUAGUAUGUUCUAAAACUUCUGAUACUUCUACUUCCAAUGUAUAUGUGAUAUUAAUAUAUGAUAUUAAUGUUUGAGGCAUAGAUGAAAAAUAAUUUAGGACAUGCUAGUGUGAAAUAUUCAUAUAAUAACAUUGUAAAAGUACCAAUCAUUUUAUGUGUGUAAUGAAUGUAAACGAAAAUACAAAGUUUGAAAAGUUUGAAAGAAAAUUGUUGAAGAGAAAGAAGAGCAAAAUGUGAAAAGAAUUAUUUGUACGUAUGAUGAUUGUUGAUUGAUUGUUUCUCAAUGUGAAUGAGAUUGUUCAUAAGUAUUAUAAGAUAGUUUGAAACUUUCUUCAUUUUAAAAAAAAAUGAAACAUUAGAAAAACUUUAAAAUUAAAAACUGAAAUAUUUAUUCAUUGUUAAAAAAGUAUUAAUAAUAUAAUGUUGUGAAUUCAUACAUAAAACAGAAAUUGUUUAUUUUAGUUUAUAUUUAAAAGUUAAAAGUAAAAAUUAUACAUACUUUAUUAUUUUGCAUAAAUGACCAAUUGUGAAGACAUACUGAUAAAUAAAAUUGGAGAUUUUAUUUAUAUUGUACAUAUUGCUGUAAAGUACCAAAUUCCUAAUCCAUUAAAAUUAUUUAAAUAAUAAUUACAACAAUAAUAAUUCAUUACAUAUUGAUUUCUUUGCUUGAGAGAUAAUAAUAAAUAUAUAUUAUUAUACUUUUAAUAUAAUUAAAUUUUUAUCAAAAUUAACUUUCAAUGUUUUAUUUCAAUUAUUAUGUUAAUUUUUUUAAUAAUCAUAUAAAUAGACAAUUUAUAUUUAAAAUUUUAUUAUAAAAUCUCUCAAUCAUGGAAUUAAAUUUUUUUCACUCAAAAUUUAUGAAUAUGUGUUUUACAGGUAUCAUUCUGCUCUAAUUAUUGCUUUUAUAUGUUUAUGCAAAGAAUUUUUAUUUAUGUGUUUAUGCAAUGUUUAAAAAAUUAAUAAGAAUUAUCAAUCUGAAGCUUUUGUAAUUUAAUAAAUGUUACAAUUACUGCUUGUUAUGUAUGAAUAAUUUUAACUCAAAAUGUAAUUUUAGAAAUCAAUUAAAUUAUUAAUUUAUUUUAUAAUAUUGAUUCUUUGCAUUCUAAUUGACAUUAUUAAAGUUUAUAGAGGAUGUAUCAAAAUAUUUUUUAAAAUAUAUAAAAAAUUAAAGAUCUUUUUAUUAGACCAUAUUAAGUUUUAUAAAUAAUGAAUAAUAAAAUCAAUAUCAUUAUUUUUUAAUUUUUUAAUCAUUUUUUAUUUUUUUAUUUUUUAGUAAUAGCACAUUUAUAAUUAAAAAUUUAUUAUUUUAUUAUUUAAUAUUUAAGAGUGCAGAGUAUCAAUAUAAAAAAUAUAAUGUUGUUAUAAACUGCUUGUUAAUGAAUGCAUGUUGAAAAUAAUGUACAAUAUUUACCGUUUGAAGAAGGGCCAAAUAUAUAAGUAUUAAUUUUUUUUAUAUAGUAUACUAUACAAUAUGUUAUUCAUUUAAUUUUAACGUCAUUCAAUGAAUGAUGAUAAAAUCUCUUGAUUCUGACUACUUUUUUCAUAAGUGACGCAUGUGAUGUUACUUUCCGUUUGUUUUAGAUCGGAGACAAUGGGUAGCCAUUGGAGUGUUGACCGCUAUAUUGGUGUUUCUAAUAAUUUUAUUUAUAAUUAAGUGAAAUGUUUAAUUUUCUAGUUUCCCUAAGAAUUUAUUGGUUCUUCUUCAUAGCAUUUAGAUGAAUGUGUUAACUUCUGUUUUAAUAAUGAAUUAUUAAGUUAGCGAUAAUCUAUGAUCCAUUAUAAUAAAUAUUUAUAGUUAUUA